UAAUUGUAAAACCCAAACACAAAGAGCACCUGAAGAAGAAAGAACAAAAAACAGUAAAAUCGAAGAGAGAGAGAGAGAGAGAAAUGGCUUGGAGCGCAACAAUGAUCGGAGCUCUAUUGGGGCUGGGGACCCAGAUGUACUCCAACGCUCUCCGAAAACUCCCUUACAUGCGCCAUCCAUGGGAGCACGUGGUUGGCAUGGGUCUCGGAGUUGUGUUCGUGAAUCAGCUCGUGAAAUGGGACGCUCAGCUCGCAGAAGACCUCGAUAAGAUGCUUGAAAAGGCCAAAGCCGCCAACGAGCGCCGUUACUUCGAUGAAGAUGAUGAGUAGCUUUCCACUCCAUGUUUUGUGACAUCUUCAGACAAUACUUUCAUGUUCUCAGAAAAUUUGGUCUUCGAGUUGUAGAUGAAUGUUUGAUUUUCAGUUACGUUUCAAUGUUUGUAAGGCUGUUGGGUGUUUUCCAACUCAAUUUAAUUGUUGCUACACAAAAUAUUUGGGCUGCUUUUAUAAUGCAAACAGGCUAAUGCAAUGUCUCCAUCAAUAAAUGGCAUUAAUUGAGCUGUGCUCUUUCAA